UCUUAAAUCAGACUUACCUGCAGGUUUCAUUCUUCCCGACUUCUUGGUUCCUUCUUUCCAUCUAAUCCAAGAAACACCACAUUCCAAGCUCUCAGUCCCUGCCGAUACGUCUGCACACUAACAGGCUAGGUCGGCCAGCUCACACCUCUCACUCAAUCACACCUCGACCAUACCAACAGCUUACCCUCCCUCUUCUUCUCGUCCCCCGCCAACCAUUAAUACCUCAUUCUACCGCUGCAACAUUCCUCACUCUCACAAUCUUUGAGGCGCCCACGAGGCUACGAAACAAGACAAGACCUCUCGACAUCCCCAUUGACCUUACAAGACUGGCAAUUGUGGAGAGAGCCGACUUACAUUCUCAACUCGCCGUUUUCCCGGCCUCGCGCAUUCCUGGCAAUUGACGACACCAACCAGCCAGAGAAAAAUAUGACACGGCGCAAGCAGUCGGCGGCGGCCCCUCUGGUCGCCGGCCUACUUCUCUUGGUGUCCGCCCCCACUCCGGUGUUCGCCCACCCAUAUCCUCUCCAAAAUAUCGCAAACAACCUCUUCUACAACCUUGGCGACCAGUUUAUGAAGCGCGAUUGCGUUCAGCGUUGCGGAGCCGACUCCCAGUACUGCUGUGGAUCUGGAGAGCAGUGUUACACCGUGAAUAACAUCGCUGGCUGCAGCACCGUAAGCGGAGGUGGAGGCUACGGCAUUUACACCACGACAUGGACUGAGACGAAUACCUUUACCAGCACGAUUUCAACAAACUGGCCUGCUGCAACAACAACGGCAGCCGGAGGAGGCACGGGGGCCACCUGUGUCCCUCAGAGUGAUGGAGAGACGGCCUGUGGCAGCAUUUGCUGCGCCAACUACCAGUACUGUGCCUACUCGGGGCAAUGCGCUCAGCGCGAUGGCUGGGGCGGAGGUGUCACCACAAUCACAUCGGGAGGCCAGACAAUUACCACCCAGUACUCCGCUCCCUACCGUAUCACGAGCACCAGAGCCACCGGCACCGCUGCCUCUGCAACCAGCACUGGCACAGUCGUGCCCAUCACCGACGAGGGCACUGGCGGAGGAUUGAGCGGCGGCGCCAUCGCUGGUAUUGUCAUCGGCACGCUUGCAGGUCUCGGUCUUCUGAUGCUGCUCUGCUUCUGCUGCAUCGCCCGCGGUCUGUGGGGUCUCAUCUUUGGCGGCAAGAAGAAGAAGGAGCACAGCCGCGAACGAGUUGAGGUUGUUGAGGAGAGAUACUCGCGUCACGGUAGCCGCAUGCCCUCGGCCCACUCCGGUCGCCCCUCUCACGGCGGCUGGUUCGCGGGCGGCGGCCGUCCCGCCCCGGCUGCCCGUCGCAAGGAAGAGAAGAAGGAAGGUGCCAAGUGGUUGGGCCUGGGAGCCGCCGCAGCGACCAUGCUGGCGCUUCUGAACCUGAAGAAGGACAAGCCAAAGGCCAAGCCUCGGUCAAGCUACACCGACUCGUACUACUCGUACACGGGGACAAGUCCCAGUGAGUUGUCAAGGGAUUCUCGGGAUCGAUCGGAUCUGACGUCCUACCUAGGCAGCUCUAGCUCGGGUGGAAGAACUCACCGCACCGGCCACACACGCGGCACACACACGACGCGUCACUCACGGAGGUAGCACCCGAAGUUCUUUCUCAACCUCGGUUGACUUGCAUAUGCUGUUGGCCGCCUUCUCUACAAGACGGCUGAAGC